AUGGGUACUCUUCUGCCAAUCAAAUUUCAGGAACACGUACUCCUACAAAACUUGGGAAUCAAUGCUGCAAACAUUGGCUUUGCCUCUUUGACGAUGGAGUCGGAUAAAUUUAUAGUUGUAAGAGAAAAAGUAGGGGAAAGUUCACAAGUUGUUAUAAUUGAUAUGAGCGAUCCGACAAACCCAUUAAGACGUCCCAUCACUGCAGAUUCUGUAAUUAUGAACCCCGCCGCAAAAAUUCUGGCUUUAAAAAGUGGUCGCACCUUGCAGAUUUUCAAUAUUGAAUUAAAAGCCAAAAUAAAAGCCUAUCUAAUGACUGAAGAUAUACCUUUCUGGAAAUGGGUAAAUCCGCAAACGAUAGCUUUGAUAAGUGAAACUGCUGUUUACCAUUGGAAAAUGGAAGGUGAUUCUGCACCUACUAAAAUUUUUGAGCGUCACUCCAACUUAAAUGGUUUUCAAAUUAUCAAUUACCGAGCAGACGUUGAUUGUAAAUGGUUCGUUUUAAUUGGGAUAGCUGCGAGAGAUAGUCGAGUUGUUGGAGCCAUGCAGUUGUACAGUGUUGAACGGCGUGUGUCGCAACCCAUUGAGGGACAUGCUGCUUGUUUUGUUAGCUUCAAAGCUGAAAAUAACCCCCAUCCAAGCAACUUGUUUUGCUUCUCUGUCCGUACUCAGCAGGGAGGGAAACUACACAUAAUUGAAGUCGGGACCCCACCAAGCGGUAACCAACCGUUCCAAAAAAAACAAGUUGAUGUUUACUAUCCCGCUGAGGCCGGUACCGAUUUCCCAGUUGCGAUGCAGGCAGCAGGAAAACAUGGGAUUAUUUAUUUGGUUACUAAAUAUGGCUACGUGCACCUGUACGAUAUGGAAACCGGAACUUGUAUCUAUAUGAAUCGUAUUUCAUCUGAUACAAUUUUUGUAACAACGGAGUAUACUGCCACGGAAGGUAUUAUGGGCGUUAACCGGAAAGGGCAGGUCCUCUCUGUCAGCAUCGAUGAGUCAAACAUGAUUCCAUAUAUUACACAAACUCUUCAAAAUCCUGAUCUCGCUCUAAGGUUGGCUGGGAGAUGCAAUUUACAAGGUGCCGAGGAGUUAUUUGUUCGAAAGUUCAAUUUGUUGUUUGGUAAUGGAAACUAUACAGAAGCUGCAAGGGUUGCUGCUACAGCUCCUGGUGGGAUUUUGAGGACACCACAGACUAUUCAAAAGUUUCAACAUUGCCCAGGGCAAGGUGGAGGUCCAACACCUUUACUUCAAUACUUUGGUAUCCUUUUAGACCAGGGGAAACUGAAUAAGUAUGAGACCUUGGAGUUAUGUCGUCCUGUUCUUGCCCAGGGGAAGAAACAGCUGCUUGAGAAAUGGUUGACGGAGGGAAAACUGGAAUGCAGUGAAGAACUUGGUGACCUUGUACGGCCGCAUGAUGCUAAUGUUGCUCUGUCUGUAUACUUAAGAGGGAAUGUUCCACAUAAGGUGGUGCAGUGUUUUGCUGAAACCGGUCAAUUUGACAAGAUCAUCUUGUAUGCCAAGAAAGUCAAUUUUGAACCAGAUUAUUUAUUCCAACUUCGCCAAGUUCUCAGAACUAAUCCAGAUAUGGGAGCCAAAUUUGCGCAGAUGCUGGUUACUGAGGGUGGCGAAGAGCCUCUUGCCGAUAUCAACCAGAUCGUGGGUUGCUUUGAAGAAGUUCAAGCCAUUCAGCCUUGUACUUCGUUCCUUCUAGAAGUUUUGAAGGAUGACAAAGAGUCAGAGGGGCAUCUUCAAACAAAACUUUUAGAAAUGAACUUGAUGUAUGCUCCGCAGGUAGCUGAUGCAAUAUUAGGGAACCAAAUGUUCCAUCAUUACGAUCGAGCAGCCAUAGGCCAACUUUGCGAGAAAGCUGGCUUAUUGCAACGUGCACUUGAACAUUUUACUGACCUAUACGAUAUAAAAAGGACUGUUGUGCAUACACAACAUUUGAAACCCGAGUGGCUGGUAAACUAUUUUGGCCAGUUAUCCGUGGAGGAUUCUUUAGAGUGUCUUAAAGCGAUGUUGCAAACUAAUAUGCGUCAGAAUCUUCAAAUAGUGGUGCAGAUAGCUACGAAAUAUCAUGAGCAGUUGACUACUCAUGCCCUUAUAGAUUUAUUUGAAUCUUUCAAAAGCUACGAAGGACUGUUUUAUUUUCUUGGUUCUAUAGUCAACUUCUCGCAAGACCCAGAAGUUCAUUUCAAAUAUAUCCAGGCAGCCACAAGAACGGGUCAAAUCAAAGAAGUUGAAAGAAUUUGUCGCGAGUCUCAGUGUUAUGAAGCAGAACGUGUGAAGAAUUACUUAAAAGAAGCAAAACUUACGGACCAAUUACCUUUAAUCAUUGUUUGUGACCGACAUGAUAUGGUUCACGAUCUUGUACUCUACCUGUACCGCAAUAAUCUUCAGAAAUAUAUCGAAGUUUUUGUGCAGAAGGUCAAUCCAGCCCGUUUGCCAAUUGUUGUGGGGGGUUUGUUGGAUGUUGACUGUUCCGAGGAUACUAUCAAACAACUUAUUAUGAAUACGAAAGGGAAAUUUGAUAUUGACGAACUGGUUGAAGAAGUUGAGAAAAGGAAUCGCCUAAAACUACUUGCUCCGUGGCUAGAAAUGCGUGUUCAAGAAGGAGCGUCAGACUCAGCCACUCAUAAUGCUCUUGCCAAGAUCUAUAUUGAUGCAAAUAAUAAUCCUGAAAGGUUUCUGCGUGAGAACCCUUAUUACGACUCCCGAGUCGUUGGCAAAUACUGUGAAAAACGCGAUCCUCAUUUUGCGUGUUUGUGUUAUGAACGUGGACAGUGUGAUGCUGAACUUGUGAAUGUGUGCAACGAAAACUCUUUGUUUAAAAAUUUGGCUCGGUAUUUAGUGAAACGACGAGAUUUCCCAUUAUGGCAUCAAGUACUUUCUGAAGAUAACGUUCAUCGACGUCAGCUCAUUGAUCAGGUUGUACAAACUGCUCUGUCAGAAACCCAAGAUCCUGAGGACAUCUCUGUAACUGUCAAAGCAUUUAUGGCAGCUGAUUUACCUAACGAACUUAUAGAGUUACUUGAGAAAAUAGUACUGGAUAAUUCGGCAUUUUCUGAGCACAGAAAUCUUCAAAACCUAUUGAUUCUCACUGCCAUAAAAGCAGACCGAUCGCGUGUCAUGGAAUACGUUCAAAAGUUAGAUAAUUAUGAUGCGCCAGAUAUUGCAAAUAUUGCUAUAUCGAACCAGCUCUAUGAAGAGGCGUUUGCUAUUUUUAAGAAAUUUGAUGUCAAUACGUCUGCUAUAAAUGUGCUUAUUGAUAAUGUGUCCAAUCUUGACCGUGCAUAUGAAUUUGCCGAGCGGUGCAACGAACCGGGAGUUUGGGCUUCUUUGGCCAAAGCUCAGCUGAGGGAGGGUUUAGUCAAGGAAGCAGUGGAUUCAUUUAUCAAAGCUGAUGACCCUACCGCUUAUAUGGAAGUUGUGAACAAAUGUUCUGAAACAGAAAGUUGGGAGGAUUUGGUUCGCUAUCUACAGAUGGCAAGAAAGAAAUCAAGAGAAUCGUUUAUUGAAACUGAACUUGUUUAUGCGUAUGCGAAAACAAGUCGUCUCACUGAAUUGGAAGAAUUUAUAUCGGGACCCAAUCAUGCCCAAAUACAACAGGUUGGUGAUAGGUGUUUCGAAAAUGAGAUGUUUGAAGCUGCCAAGAUUUUGUUCAAUAACAUCUCGAAUUUCGCCAAACUUGCAGUUACCCUUGUAAGGUUAGGUGAAUACCAAGGGGCGGUUGAUGCGGCCAGGAAAGCAAACUCAACGAAAACAUGGAAACAAGUUUGCUUCGCUUGUGUUGAUAAUGAAGAGUUCCGCUUAGCACAGAUUUGUGGCCUACAUAUUGUUGUUCAUGCUGAUGAGCUGGAAGAAUUAAACAACUAUUACCAGGAGAGAGGAUAUUUUGAAGAAUUAAUUGGUUUGCUGGAAGCUGCGCUCGGUUUAGAGCGGGCGCAUAUGGGCAUGUUUACAGAGCUCGCUAUUUUGUAUAGUAAAUAUAAGCCAGAAAAAAUGAGGGAACAUCUUGAACUUUUCUGGAGUCGCGUCAAUAUCCCGAAAGUAUUGAGAGCAGCUGAGCAGGCACAUCUUUGGUCUGAACUUGUAUUUUUGUAUGAUAAAUAUGAGGAGUAUGAUAACGCUGUUCAAACAAUGAUGCAGCAUCCAACAGAGGCUUGGCGAGAACAGCAUUUCAAGGAAAUAAUCACGAAGGUUGCAAAUAUAGAACUAUAUUAUAAAGCGAUGCAGUUUUACUUGGAUUACAAACCUUUACUUUUGAAUGAUUUACUGAUUGUAUUAACCCCUCGUCUUGACCACUCGCGAACGGUUUCAUUCUUUACAAAGCGCAACCAGCUUCCUCUCGUGAAGCCAUAUCUUCGCCAAGUACAGACUCAGAAUAAUAAAUCGUUGAAUGAGGCACUCAAUCAGAUGUUAAUAGAGGAAGAGGAUUACGUCGGAUUACGUGCUUCUAUUGACGCUUACGAUAAUUUUGAUAAUAUUGCUUUAGCACAACAGCUUGAAAAGCACGAACUAUUGGAGUUUAGGCGGAUUUCUGCUUACUUGUUUAAAGGAAAUAAUCGCUGGAAGCAAAGUGUGGAAUUGUGCAAGAAGGACAAACUCUAUAAGGACGCUAUGGAGUACGCAGCUGAAUCACGGCAGCCGGAAAUUGCUGAAGAAUUGCUAGCAUUUUUCCUAGACAACAAGCUUCACGAUUGUUUCGCAGCAUCGUUAUACCAAAUGUAUGACUUGUUGCAUCCUGAUGUGAUACUUGAACUUGCCUGGAAGCAUAAGAUAAUGGACUUUGCAAUGCCGUACAUGAUACAAGUGUUUAGAGAUUAUCAUACCAAGAUAAGCAGGCUAGAGCGUGCUGAAGCAGAAAGAAAGCAAGAAGUUCAAGAGAAGCAACAACAGAACGGUGGAAUGAUUGAACCACAGUUAAUGCUGACUUUUGGCGGUGGUAUGGGUGUACCCCCCACUGUUCCUGGAGGUUACCCCACCCCAGGUGUUGUUUACGGAAUUCCGGGGGCGCAAAGCUAUGGACAGCAAAUGUACCCACAACAUGGAGGUUUUGGUGGCAUGUGA